ACAUCGAAUACCCGUCCCUGUCCUAUCUAAAACCAGCAACUGCCUUUCAUAGGUUCCGAUUCACCUAUCAGUACCACUUUCAAGACGUCAAUUGCGCCUUGAACUCUAGCAGCCAUGACUGAUACACCUAACGGACCACCAUUAUUGCGGCCUGUCCCAAUACGACCCUUCAACAUCAACCCUAGAUCGCCAACGCCGCCAGCGGACGACUCAUUGUCUCAGACUCCUCUUAGUGGUUCGUCACUGAACCUGGACUGGCUAAAUAUCAAAUUGCUCAAUUCGAGGAAUCGCUUCCGAUCCGAGUCGUCGACCAGUCUGAGCCGCGUUCAGUCUGUCAAGAAUCUCACUUCGUCAACAUUGAUGGGUAUAUAUGAGCCAACAACCUAUGACAAUGGUAGGUACACACCUGGCAACGAGCUACAAACACCUUGGGGAACAGGUGCAGAGACGCCUGCCCGGAUCUUGAGUAUGGAUGAGCCUGUCUCCACGAUGCAGAAGGACCGCCUAUACGCGGCACGAAGACGUUCCUCAGCGCAGCAUUCAGCGCCUGCACCACCAUUGUCCACCACAACCUCCCUGUUCUACUCCGGUUUGAGAGCAUUGCUGUUGUCAGGCCUUGGUGUUCUAUACGGAAUUGGGGUGUCAACAGUGCGAGGUGAUCGUUCAACACCAGCAUUUCGCAUGGAGCACGUGAAAAAUACAUCGCGCUACGGCUGGUGCUAUAUGGCGUUCUGGGGUGCGUGUGGGCUAAUCCUGGGUUGUUUAUUACCCUAUGUCGACGGUUUAUGGGAGCGUUCUAUGGGAGACGUAGACGACGGGGAAGUUAUCGAGACAGAAAGCGACGGCAGCAAGAACUUGCGCCGAAAAACAGACUGGGCGCUGGCUGUUCGGGGCAUAGGGAUUUUCAUCGGAAUAGCAUAUGCGAUUCGCAAACUUCAAUGGGACUCGACCCUCCAGCUUUCGCUAUGCCUCGCCCUCGUCAAUCCUGCUUUGUGGUUCUUGAUCGACGGCUCAAUACCGGGCUUCAUUGUCUCAACCGCCGUUGGAAUCACUGGCUCGGCCUUGCUGACCGGUUUUCAACCUGAUAUGGUACCUGUACCAGCGAUGCUCUCUACAUCUGCUCAUGGUGGACUCUAUUCAUUACAUCCCAAUGCUUCAGCUCACUACGCUGGUGCUGAACCAAUGUUUGGCGGGUUGGCAAACCAGCAGACCUUUGCGAUGGGUAUUUGGACUUUGAACGUACUUUUCUGCUGCUGUGUCGUCUUCGGUAACGUUGGCCGAUGGCUCGCAAUCAACAAGUACGGUUCGGCCCAUGUGUCAUUAAGCAAGUAGAGUUCGAGGAACGGCCCAGAAAAAGACAGGGCAGAAAAGAACAAAGAAAAGCAAAGUAAACAGAUGCCAGAAAGGCUCGGCUUUCAGCUUUGGAUGUAUUCACAUA